AGUCAUUAUUAAACUGGCAUCCCUAUUCACAUUAAUGAGUGAGGUUGUAUUUAAAUCUCUUGAAUGCAGCCUUCCUUCUCCAGCUUUUCUCUUGCUCAGCCGUCUAGUGCGCAUGCGCUGCUGCUGCUGACACUCCAGUAAUCCUCUGUUAUAGGAGGAGAUUGCAUCCUCGUCCACUGCGCUCACUGCUGCUACACCAGUGAGGGAGAGAAUUAAAGCCCCGUGGACAAAAUAACAAAACGGGGGACCAACAUAUUAUAACAUGCCCCAAAUGAAAGGAUGGAGAUGGAGAUGGAGCAGCUGUAUGACACUGUGAGGAGGCGACAGCGGAGGACUGCAUGGAGCGAGGAUGUGUUUCCUAACAUAUAAGAGGCUCAGCAGCAUCUUACAGCCCACAAAUGAUGCAGGAAAUAUGAGAUGAACGCAGGCUGGGAUGGUACCCGGCGGAAGAUGGUGAAAUUGUGCUGCUUCCUGGAUGAGACCUCGGAUAUUUUGACGUUUUCUUGUCGCCUUCCUGCACGAUGCUCUCCCGGACACAAAAAACUCAUUUUUUUCUAUGUUAAUGAGCUCAAUUGAACGCGAUUAAUUAUCAUGUAACGUUCACAUGACUCUGGAAAUCUGAACUCUCUUAGAUUGGAAGCCCAUGUGAUCUCUGCGUCGGUUCCUUAGAAUAAAGCAAAACAAGGAAUAUAUCGCUCCUCCUUUGACUUUUUUUUUUUUGCCUCAGGGUUUUACAAUCUCACUCUUAUAUGCAAAUGGGAUGAUAUUUGUUUCCUUCAGAUGCUUCGCCCUGCAGAGAGACGAGAGGCUGUGCAAGUCCACAUAAAUCUGAGCAGCAAGUUGAUGAACUAGACCGGGCUGGCCUCGGCUCGGCUCGGCUCGGCUCGGCUGUGGGAUCAGACAGAAAUUAAGCCGUCUCUCUCUCUCAGACAGCGGAAACUAUAGGAUCAUCUCCCGUCCUCGUGUUGGCAGAGCACCCACCCCCAAACCCGAAACGGAACAUCCCUCUCUCUGGGAUUUCAGUCGGAUAUUACACAGAACUUGAAGCCUGAGCUGUAAACACUGUCACGCUGUUGAGGUUUUAAAGAGCAGCUCUUUGGUUAAGUUCAUGUGAGUUGUUUCUUUUUUUCUUCAAUCUGAAAAAAAAAUUCUGCAAAUACCAGAAGUGUUUUUUUUUUUUUAACCUCCUGAGAAAAAACCCUCCUCAAGGGGUUGCAAACAUGAUGCAGCUGGAGUGUUUUACUGGGAAACUUCCACAGCAGCUGUUAGUCAGACUGGAUGUCUGAAAGAUGAGACUUGGGAUAUAUUAGCACACUUGCAGUUUUGCCAACACCCUUCCAAAACGCAAUGCAUUGAUUUCCUCCAGUGCCCGCAUUGUAAAUAACUCUGUGGAUAUAUUUUGUGACUUUUUAUUCCAGCAUUGAUCACUAUCCGCUGUCUUUUAUGGACCGUGAUGCUGUUGUCUGCUGUCCUGGAUGUUUUUCCCACUUUUUUGUGAACCUUACAUGUUCCAGAGGUGUACCAUUUGGAUGCUGAGAUGCUGAAAGACCGUGGACACACCUUUUCCUGCUUUUCCUAAUCGAUUUGCUUUUUCCCGAGCAUGUGCGGAGGAAAGAGGAACCAGGCAUGAGACUGCACAGACUGGGGAGAUGUGUCAGAGGGAACGCGGGAGGAAUUAUGAGUGGCACUGUGGAGGACGUGGAGCAGAGUGUUACAAGCUUAAAGGCUACGAGAGAGAGAGAGAAUUACGAGCCUUUGCUGUGAGAAAAAUAGUAUUUCCUCCUCUCUGAGGCCAGCUGCUGAAUGGGAAUCAGCUCUCCAUGCAUCAAAUUAGAAAUUACUCUUUGAAUUUGAGAACUUCUUCCCCCCUCCGUGCACUGUGGGAUAUCCACCUUGCAUACUUGGCCACCUGCAAGUUGUGCUCAUGCUUUGAGUACCCUUAUCCUGGAUUCCCUGUUGCUGUGUGCCCUCUGAGGUGUUUUGCGGGCGGAAAUUCUUCCUGUUUGAAGUAGAAAGUUGUCAACAGGAAGUCUACAACAAAUACAAACACACGAUUGCUGUUGUGGUCCAAACAACCCCUUUAGUCUAUCUCAGUUUGUCUCACUGAAUACAAGUGUGGAUCCCUUGUCAACCUUUGUGCUCUGGGGAAAAGCAAAACAAGCAGAUUCUCUUAUCAAAGUGCAUUCAGAGACUGACUUCCUAUCGCCGUGGUGAUGGGGAGCUCAGCCUCGUCUCUCACCGCGGAGACAGAGUCGGACCAUGGCUUCCGCAGCACCCCGUACCCGUCGUCACCCCCUGUGGGCUGGCUCAGGAACAGCCACAGCAGCCCCGUGUGGGGCACCACCUUCAUCACACGUCAGCAGCAGCACACGCUGCCUCACCGAGAGCGCAGCCACUCUCACUCUCCUGGCUCCAUGGCAGCAGCAGUGCGAGGCAACGAGUGGUCAUGUGGACGCUGCACCUUCGUAAACGCCGGCGCAUCACCUCGCUGCUCCAUCUGUGAGGCGCCGCGCCAGAAGCCCGACCUCAACCAGAUCCUGCGGCUGAGCAGCACCGAGGAGCACCGCUGGGCCUGUCCCCGCUGUACGCUCAACAACCCCCAGGGAUCCGGAGCCUGCACCGUCUGCGGCUUUGGACCGUCCCCCGCCACUCACACGCCCCCUACGACCACCAUAGCUCCCACUGCCAACGGCCUCCCGCCUGCUCCGGCCGAACCCCCAGCACCUAUCGUCACCCCCACAGUUCUACUUGAGCCCCACGGACAGCAUCCAGCUAAGGAAGAAGUGCUGCGGCGGUCUGAGAGCAAUGGAGAGGUGUGCAGCCUGGAGGUCCAGCAGCACUCGGGCUGGGCUUGCCCUCGCUGCACGCUUCACAACACACCCGUGGCGCUGUCAUGCUCAGCCUGUGGCGGGCCCCGGAAACUGUCUUUGCCUAAAAUCCCCCCUGAAUCGCUGGUGGUGCCUGAGGUGCGCACACCUGUGCUGGGAUUUCCAGUUCCCUCAGCAGGGGCCGCCCCGCUGCUUAUAGACCUAACGGACGACUCUCCCCCAGCCCCUCCCUGUGAUCCCCAAGAACCUCCCUAUGUCUCCACACAAGCCCUUCCCUCCCCGUUUACUUCCUUCUCCUCCUUCCAAAACAACCCCGUGCCUCGCAGCAGGAGGGAGGUGCCACCUCCAGGGCGCCCACCAAACCCUGGCACCAACACCCCCAGCCCCACUUCCCCGUCAGUAGCCAUUGUGCCACCCCAGGCAGGCCCGCAGCGGCCAGCCAAGCCCAAACACGCCCAACCCCAGGAACCUUCAUACCCCAGCAAGCGCCUCAGUAUCUUGGAGGAAGAAGAUCCUCCACACCACCCGCUGAUCCCCCGCCUCCCUGUUGCUCCCUCAGUCGCCCCCACCUGGAAGUGCCCUAGCUGCUCGUUGGCCAACCCAAGCGGCUCGUCUAAGUGCGACACCUGCCGCUCGUCACGGGCCGGCGCUGACCUCAUUGACCUGGUGGGCUGUGAGACGGUACGAUUUACCCCAGCCAGCCCCUCCAGCCCAGACUUUAGCACCUGGGCCUGCUCCAAGUGCACACUCCGCAACCCUACAGGUGCACCCAAGUGCUCGGCCUGCGGUUCCUCCAAGCUGCACGGCUUUCAGGAGCAGUCGGUGCCCCUGCCCCGCUGCUGUACACACUGUGGCGCCACGUCAUGCUCCUGCACACCUUCCUCAUCCUCCUCGGGUCAUAAAGCACGGAAACAGGCCCGGGGCUACCCUCCCUCCUCUUCUGCUAUUGCUUCUUCUAGCUCCUCUUCCUCCUCCAUCUCAUCUAGCCUUCAGGAGAAGGUGGGACAGUGGAGCUGCCCGGCAUGCACGCUGCUCAAUGACCUCAAGUCCAAGAACUGCGCAGCGUGCCACACGCCGCAGCAGUACCUCACCCUGCGCAAGGUGGCUAAGCCUCUGAAGAGGAGGGAGAGCAUGCAUGUAGAGGCCCGUCGGCGAAAUGACGAGGGCGAGGCCAAGGAGCUCUGGGAGAACAUCGUCAGCUUCUGCAGAGAGAACUCCGUGAACUUCGUGGACGACAGUUUCCCCCCGGGACCUCGCUCCGUGGGCUUCCCCGAGGGCGACAGCGUCCAGCAGCGAAUCAAAAAGUGGCUCCGCCCCCACGAGAUCAACUGCAGCAACUUCAAAGACCGAACCGUCAAGUGGUCCGUCUUCCGCACACCGCGGCCAUCUGACAUCCUGCAAGGCCUGCUGGGAAACUGCUGGUUCCUGAGUGCGCUGGCGGUGCUCGCGGAGCGUCCGGAGCUGGUGGAGAGGGUGAUGAUCACCAGGACCAUCUGCCCGGAGGGGGCCUACCAGGUCCGGUUGUGUAAAGACGGGACGUGGACGACGGUGCUCGUGGAUGACAUGCUGCCCUGCGACGACUACGGCUACCUCCUAUUCUCCCAGGCCCAGAGGAAGCAGCUAUGGGUGGCGCUGAUCGAGAAGGCCCUGGCCAAACUCCACGGAUCCUACUUUGCCCUGCAGGCGGGGCGCGCCAUCGAGGGCCUGGCCACGCUGACGGGGGCUCCCUGCGACUCCCUGAUGCUCCAGGUCAGCUCCACCAACCCCCGGGAGGAACCCAUCGACACGGACCUCAUCUGGGCCAAGAUGCUCAGCUCCAAGGAGGCCGGGUUUCUGAUGGGCGCAUCAUGUGGAGGAGGCAACAUGAAGGUAGACGACGUCGUCUAUGAGUCUCUGGGUCUGCGGCCUCGACACGCCUACUCCAUCCUGGACGUACGAGAUGUCCAGGGUUACAGGUUGCUGCGGCUGCGUAACCCGUGGGGUCGCUUCUCGUGGAACGGCAGCUGGUCGGACGAGUGGACAGACUGGCCGCAGCACCUGCGUCACGAGCUGAUGGCUCACGGCAGCAGCGAGGGCGUCUUCUGGAUGGAGUACAGCGACUUUAUAAAGUACUUUGACUCAGUGGACAUCUGUAAGAUCCACUCCGACUGGCAGGAGGUGAGGCUACAGGGCUGCUUCCCCAGCAAGGCCAGCGGGCCGGUCACCGUCACCGCCCUCACCGUGCUGGAGAGGACGGCGUUGGAGUUUGCUCUCUUCCAGGAGGGAAGCAGGCGUUCGGACACAGCCGACAGCCACCUGCUGGACCUGUGCAUCAUGGUGUUUCGCGCCUCCUUCGGCAGCGGCAACAAGCUGACCCUGGGCCGCCUGUUGGCCCACAGCAAGCGGGCGGUGAAGAAGUUCGUCGGCUGCGAUGUGAUGCUGGAGCCGGGGGAGUACGCCGUCGUCUGCUGCGCUUUCAACCACUGGCAGAUGAAUGUCAGCGGGACGGGAGGUCCGCCCACGCCCAUCUCCAGUCCUACCAGCGGAGCAGCACGGCGGCCCAGCCAGGACUUCCCCGGCUACAUCCUCGCCAUCUACAGCUCUAGACAGGUCAUGGUGGAGCAGGUGGAGGCGACGGCCACCACGCUGGCCGACGCCAUCAUCCUUCUCACGGAAAACAAAGGCGAGAGACACGAGGGCCGCGAGGGCAUGACGUGCUACUACCUGACCCACGGCUGGGCGGGGCUCAUCGUGGUGGUGGAGAACCGCCACCCCAAAUACUACCUCCACGUGUCCUGUGACUGCACUGACAGCUUCAAUGUGGUGUCCACGCGCGGCAGCCUCAAGACCAUCGACAGCGUGCCGCCUUUGCACAGGCAGGUGCUGGUGGUGCUUUCACAGCUGGAAGGAAACGCCGGCUUCUCCAUCACCCACCGCCUGGCUCACCGCAAGGCAGCCCAGGCCUCCCUGGGAGACUGGACGCCCACCAAGGCCACCCACAGCCCGCAGCUCACCCCGGACAUUGACGGCCUGCACCGGCCCAGGCCGCUAUGACCACCGCCCACCGUCUCGCACAUACACACAAGACUAUUAUCCAAUGAACUGUCAGACCACUGGAAAAACCAGGCGAUGGAGGGCGAGCGGUGUGUGCAGCCCUGAAACAUGGAAGAAGGUGGGGUAUUUUUUGGAUGAACACACACCUGAAUGUAAAGCAUAAAUGGGCAGCGUUUAUGUGCUGUCCUCCUGAUGCUCCACUUUCAUCCGCGCUCUCUCCCUUGCCAAGAGGAUGUGCCAUGUCAGGAUGAAAUGAGGGAAGCGGGCCACAUGGAGUGACCUGGACUUACUCACAUAACAAUUUUUCAACGGGAUCCAGUUCAGACUACUUGAAAUUCUGGACGUUUUUUUUGGUACGAGCGCUGUACGUGGAACGGAUGUCAUCCCCUGAGUACGCUUGGAGACGACCCUGCUUUCUUCACAGAAGUCAGGGCGGAGUGCCGUAAACUACUGAGCCAUUUUCCGGCCCACAAACUAUGAGCCAAUCACCCGCAGCGGUCAGACACUUACCCCCCUCCUAUGUCGUCCACAAGGACGGGAGACUUCAGGGGGAGUUUAUCUCGCCCAGCUCUCAUCAGCACGGUACUUAAUGAGCCAAACCCAUAUUCCAGUUCCACUCAUAGUCAUACAUGUUUUUUUAUUCGAGACACGUCGGUCUUACUUGUUUUAUAAGCGGCCCCUUGUUGCCGUCUUGUCCAUAUUUGUGUUUUUUGAGGUCGUAGAAAAAGCCAUCAUUCAUACAGUCUGUCCCCGCUCUCCGUCAUCACCUCAUCACCGCAGUGCUGUCUAUAGCGCUCUCUCUAGCUCAGGACCAAACCCCGUGAUUUGUAGAAGAAGCUGGAGUCAAAGCUGAUGUUGCGGCAGGUGUACGGCGCCCAGAUAGCUCACUAGCCAAGCUGUGGUGUCGAGAGGUUUUUAUCUUGACACAUAAUAGUAUUCCCACUCUUGUGUUUUGAUAGACUAACAUACUUUUUUCCCUACAGAGAAACAACAAUCCUUUUUUUCCCCCCCUUCUUCUCGCUUACUUUAAUUCAUUUUCACUCAGCCUCAGUUUCGGGGUCUAAACGCUGGAGGCGAGUCAUUACAUGACCAGCUUUGUAGUUUACCCCUCGGGGCACGCUGGGCUCUUUCUCAUCCAGUUCAGCAGUCAGUUUAUAUCUCCACAAAUAAAUCCACACUUUGGGAGCACCAGCUCCCCUUCUCUCUAUAACGGAGCUGCUUCUUGCACUCUUGGAUUGUGACACCUCCCAAAAAGUUGCAUCUGAUCUUUCUCGGUACUGAAGGUCAGUUUCUCACUCUUUGCCAGUGUUUUGAUUGACACGUUGGUGUACUUAGGGGAGUACAAGAGGAGCUAGUUGCUGUUUGAACAGCCAGUUUGCCGCCGGGGGAGCUCUUACGACGAGCUGCCGAGUUUACUUUGGGAGGUCAGGGACCAUUUUUUGUUUGCUUGGGUGCGGCGCGAGCAUCUGGGCCGCCCUCCCUCAAGAAUACACCGACCGCACAUUAGCGACAGGCACAGAGUUCCUCGUGUGAUAACAAAUUUCCAUUUUGUCAGAGUUGCGUGCACACAUAACAAGAGAGAGAAGGGACCCCCCUGAGACAUGUUGUGACACAGAAAAUAGUUUAGUUUCCCCCCUCGUUGUUUCGUCUGCGUCGUUUUCAAAGGAUGGGUUGCCUACAGCUGUUUUAACGUCGGGGGCCCCCGCCCGCUUGUUCGUUCCAAUUUCUCCAGUGUCAAAGCCAUUACUCCUGCUCCACUAAGGAUCUUUCAGUCUUCACCAUGGCAACAUAGAUGUUUUAUCAGAGAGAGGUUGGGGGAAAGACUAACGCGGUACUAUAGUAACAGGAUGUGGGAGACAUUUUUUCAAGUCGAUGUAUUGUGGAGUGAAAUGGGGGGAAAAAACUUGAACGCUGAUAAUCGCUGGAGGAAAAACAAAAGCUAUUUUUUUAUGUCAAGAUCAUUUUAAGUAUAAAUAUUAAAGUUCCCUCAUGAGAUGAUUCAGUUCAGGACUUGAUAAAGUGCUGGAACAUGCAACUUCUCAUGAGCGUUUUGUCGGUAGCGUCGAUGAAAGCACUGUGUCCCGUUUGCUUACGUAUUCUGCACAACCGCGACUGAUAGGCUGUACGUCAUGUCAUCUUCAGGACAGCUCGUAAGAAGACUACCAGUUAGUUAAAGUAGCUGUAAAUAUGUUUUCCAAAGAAACAUAAUGACCACUUUCAGAUGUCUGUCUGCCCUGUGUGUGAGUGUGAACUUUAAUUUAUUUGUAUAAGUGAUUUUUUUUUUUAGGCCUGUAGUCAAAUGCUGAAUACUGGACUGAUGUAUGACAGAUAAAGGAAUGUGAUGAUGUUACGGCUUUAGAGGGAUUAGCUCCACAAAGACAUGAAACCUGCACUGAAACACCUGCAAUGACGACGCACCUCAGAAUUCAGUGUCACCGCUGGAUCACUUUACAUUUACAUGAGAUUUUUUUUGUUUUAUACUAUGUUUUUUUUUGUCAUAAUUGUUCAUGUUGGCUCUCGCUGGUGUCCUGUGAAACCUCUUCUGUGAAGUUGUGGAGGCGACUCUUCUGUGCGUCGGGGGCGCCCCCUGCUGCCGAAGAGAAAAGCUGGUUCGUUCACAGACCGGCCAACACAACAACGCCUUUUUCUCCCUCCUCCUCUCCGUUGUCUGGUUCCCUCCUUGUAAAUUGUACAGACGGCAAAACUUAAGCCACACAUAAGAUAGAAAAAAAAAAAUCAACAACGACCCUUUUAAACUUGUAAAAAAAAAAAAAAUGAAAGUAUGAUAGUAGAAAUGAAAAUAAUGAAAACUAAUGCUGAAAAAAAUGGAACUCUGAUGAAUGUGAUAUAUAUUUUAUUGAUCUUUUCUGGGAGGGGAAAAUGAGUAUAUGUGUACAAACAUAUGUAUGUUUAAUUUCCAAUCUCAGGUUCCGAUGGACCAAAUAAAUUUUUUUAAAUUAA